UUUAGUAUAGUUAUCAGUUAGUCUUAUUAAAGAAAUGGAAGUGAUAAGAAGGAAUUUAGUUCCUGAGUUAGGCUGGAGAAAAUAUUUACAAACUGGACUCAGAUCCAGGUUUGGAGGAACCUUGUCUAGACUAGGACACGGAGAGGUUACAAGUAUUCAUCCAACGCAAUCAGGACUGGAUUUGUUGGAAUCUGAGCAGACUAGGGACGGAGAAGAAACCGAAGAUGUGAACGCCCCUGAUGGAGUAGAUGGAGAGGAUGGACUGCAGGAUGAAGGAGAGAAAAGAGAGCAGUGGGAUAACCCUGUUGAGUUUCUUCUCUCUUGUAUAUCUAUGUCUGUAGGUAUUGGAAAUGUUUGGAGAUUUCCUUUUACUGCAUACGAGAACGGAGGAGGAGCUUUUCUCAUUCCGUAUCUCAUAGUUCUGAUCCUCAUCUGCAGACCUUUCUACCUACUGGAGCUAGGACUAGGACAGUUCUCUAGUAGAGGCUGUGUCAAGAUAUGGGAUCUGUGCCCUCCUUUUAGAGGAAUUGGAUAUGCCCAGAGUUUUGCUACCCUUAUAGUUUGCUCCUACUACUGUGAAUUAAUUGCUGUAUCUAUCUAUUAUCUGGUUGUAUCCUGUAGUACAACUCUACCCUGGAGUAUAUGUCAUGAGGAACUAGCUCAACCAGACAAAUACUGUCUACCGUCUAACUCUAAUAUUUCCAGCUUAAACUCAAACCUGGAGAACCAAACUAUGAUAGCGUCGUCUGAACAAUAUUUUAGGGUUGGAGUGCUCAAAGAAAACUCCGAUAUGAGUCAAGGUAUCGGAUACCCUGAUCCUGCCUUAAUAGGAUGCUUAGUGUUGUGCUGGGUUCUUAUAUUUGGAUCCCUAUAUAAGGGAGUAAAGAGCUCCGGCAAGGUUGCAUAUUUCACAGCGUUGUUUCCAUACGUAGUGAUCCUGACACUUUUAGUUCGUGGACUAACACUAGAUGGUGCUGUAGACGGAGUAUUUUUUCUGUUUAACCCGCAGUGGCAGAGUUUAUACGAUCCCAAGGUUUGGUAUGCAGCAGUUACUCAAUCCUUCUUCUCCUUGAGUAUAGGGUUCGGAGUUCUCCCAACCUUUGCUUCCUACAAUACAUUCAAGCAUAAUAUUUACAGAGAUGCGUCUAUAGUUGCAGUCAUGGAUACACUUACCUCUCUACUAGCCGCAGUUAUCACUUUUUCCAUUAUAGGACACCUUUCUAAGGAGCUCAACGUCCCAAUGGAUAAGGUUGUCAAGUCCGGAGCAGGUCUAGCUUUCAUCAGCUACCCGGAGAUUUUAACCAAGUUUCAAACUGUGCCUCAACUGUUCGCUGUUCUUUUCUUCCUGAUGUUAAUUACACUAGGACUUGGUUCCGCUACAGGAUUAAUGAAUGCAGUGAUAACUAUUCUAACUGAUGAUUUCCCAAAGGUGUCUAAGAGCAUUAUAACUGGCGGUGUUUGUCUUCUUGGAUUUGCAACAGGUUUAGUUUAUACAACCCCUGCUGGUCAACCUAUCCUGGAACUAGUAGACUACCAUGGAGGUAGUCUACUAAUCCUAUUUCUAGCUGUUCUGGAGAUUAUAGGAUUAGCUUGGAUAUAUUCAUCAACCAACCUUCUCAAGGAUCUGAACUUUAUGCUUGGAUUAAAUUUGGGUUGGUAUUGGAGAAUAUCUUGGUCUUUCCUCAUCCCAGUAUCCCUCUCCCUCAUCCUCAUAUACAGUAUAUCCUGCUACACCCCUGUAUCAUAUGCUGGAAAUCAGUUGCCCUUCUCAGCACAUAUUGCAGGUUGGUGUAUAACCCUGCUGGGAGUGAUGCUAGUUCUUCUGUUCUUUUUCCACAGCUUCCUAAAGCACGGUGUUCUGGGCAGGAGCUGGAAAGGUGCAGGGAUGGGGUUCAACCUCAGCUUGAAGGGGAUGUUUGCCCCCCUGGUUAGGUGGGGGCCAAGAAACCCCCUGGACAGACUAAAUUGGAUUAAAGUUGGAUCAAAGGUUGAUGUUCAACCAGAGACAAUUUUCCAUAUUUCAUGAUUCUGAACCUGAUUCUGAACCUGAUUCUAAAACCUGAUUCUAAACCUGAUUCUGAACCUGAUACUGAACGUUAUUGAUCUGCUUUAUCUUUUUGACGCAUAGUUCCAUUAAAGUUAACUGUCUUAUACGUAUUAUAUUUGUAAAAUAAAAUAAAAGGGUUUUCAAUAAAACAGUAUCUUAGAUAAUA